GGAUUUCGAUGACUUCUACUGGCGAAUAAAAAAAUAAUCAAGAAAUUUGCGUUUUGGGUCUUCUGUGAUGGAGUGACCAAAGGCAGGUGGUCAAGAUGAUGGGAGAUCAACUAAUCCUAGAAGAGGAUUAUGAUGAGAAUUAUAACCCCACAGAAGGAGAGAUUGUUGAAUAUGCCACCACAGUGAUAGGCAUAGACCCAGACACAGAACCUCAUUUGAUGUGGAUUGCUAGGGAAGGCAUCAGUGCACCACUACCAGCUGAUUGGAAACCAUGUCAAGACACAUCUGGAGGGGACAUCUACUAUUUCAACUUCACCAGCGGUGAGAGUACCUGGGACCACCCUUGUGAUGAGUUCUACCGGAAGAUGGUCCAGGAGGAGAGGGAUAAACCCAAAGCCACAGGAGGGGCGUCGACUGGAAAGAAGGAGGGGAAAAAGAAGAAGGAAAAGAAGGAGAAGAAAGAUGGAGGAAAGAAGAAUCAAGGAUUAUCUUCUUCUCUUGGUCCCCUAAAGGACAGUGCUUUAGGAUCCCCCCUUGGCAGUCUGAAAGGCACAGGUCAUCUUAGUACUCUAGGGAUAGGGACACUCCAAGAUCCAGGAAGCACACUAGGUUCUACAGCAGGGAUGAAAGACACAGGAUUUCUCAAGAAGUCAUUGGAUAGCAAGCCAUUGUCUAUAGCCGGUAACAGGGAAGAGAACAUACAGAUGUUACCAGACUUCUCAGAAGAUGAGCCGACGCCAAGACUAAAUCUCUCUCUUGACCUUCAAGAUAUUGGUCAGCUUGGUUAUGAGGAAUCAGAAGCAAGUGAGCCAGCAUUGAAGCAUCUGCAGCCCUCCGAUGAUGACAGUGAUGAAGAUGAUGUCAAUGUGGACUUUGGUAUUGAUGCUAACCUGUCCAAACGUCUUGGUCUAAUGGAUGCUGACAGCCUGAUGCCUUCUACCAGUCCAGAUCCCCCCAAAUCAAUGUAUUUGAAGAGUUCAAAGAAAGGAGCUGAGAAAGGACCGUCGUCUAGACCUCCUCUAUCCCUGGACUCCUCCUUAGACAGCCCUCGAGUACCAGACCUAGGCUACUCAGGAUUAAAGAUGGGUGCAGUGCCAUUCGGAUCCUCGGCCCCGUCAUCAUCCGCUCUCCUUCCCAAACUUGACACUGUGAAACUGCAUAGAGAAGCUAAGGAGGAAGAAGAGAAACUCAAGGCUGGCAUGGAGGAGAAUUUAGAGUCAAAGAGAGAAGAGAUGAAGGAAGAGAUGGAGAGGGAGCUCGAAGAGGAGGAGACAAAGUUAAGGAAGGAGCAGGAGAAAUCUCUCAAACUGAUGAGGGAGCGCUUGGAGAAGGAGCUUGAGGACGCUAAGCUGGAGCUCCUUGAAGACAAGGAGGAUAAUCUAAGACAGCUCAAGGAGGACGCUCAUAAGGAGGAGGAGAGAGAAGAGGAGGCACUCAACAAAGAGAAACAGAAGAGCAUCAGUGACUUGAGGAAGAGCGUAAAGGAGGACACCGAGGAGGAGGAGGCCAUGUUGAUGGAAGGAAAGUCAGAUGCAAUCAGGAAACUUAAAGAAAAGAUCAAGAAAGAACAACAGGUUGCAGAAGACAAAAUCAGGGAAGACAAGGAUAAAGCACUAAAGACUCUGAGAGAUGAGGUUAGAGAUCUAAGAGAGAAAGAAGAAGAGAAACUGGAAGAAGAGAAGAGGAAAGCAAUGGAUAAAAUCAAGAAGGAAGUGGCAUCCUACCAGGAGGAAAAGAUGGCUGAUUUGAAGAAGGAUCAUGAAAAGGAUUUAGAUAAGCUGAAAGAAAAGCUCCAAUCUGAGCAGCAGGCUUCACUAGACGACUUGAAGAAGACGUUUGAUGAGGAGAUAGAGAAGAAGAAGACUGAAGCUAGUCAAAGACACAAACGGGAGAUGGAUGAUAUUUUAUCUGCUCUGCGUGAGAAUCAGGAUGAAGAGAAAAGGAGAGAGGAAGAGAAGCUGAGAUUGAGUCGUGAUAAUCAGGCUGCUAUUAGAGACAUGGAAACAGGGAUGGAUAGCGUUCUUCAGGAACGUAGACAAGCAAUGAAGGAGGAGCAUCAGAAGGAGAUGGAGAAGAUGAAGAAGGAGCAUGAGAAGAAGAUCAGAGAUAUGACCAGAGAGCUCCAAGAUGCAGAACAAGAUGAGAAGAAAGCCUUGCAGAAGCAGCAUGAGGCAGAGAAGGAGAAACUGGUGAAAAUACAUAAAUCAGGAUUCAAAGUGCUGAAAGAGGAGUUUGAACAGAAGAAAGAAGUGUUUCAUACCAGUCAUGAAGAUGAGGAGAGGGCUUUGAAAGAGGUAAGUGAGUCCCUGAGUGAGAGAAAGAAGGUCCUAGAGAAACAAAGCAAGGAGCUUGAAAGAGAGGAAGAGAAGAUCGCUAGAAGGAGAAGCAAACUUGAGGAAGAGAAAGAGAAGCUGCAGCAUGAUCAGGAGGAGGUUCUUGAGAUGAAAGGAAGGAGUGGAGACGUAUCUUACAUGGAGGAUAUGCAGAAGGAGAGAGCCGACCUGGUUGCAGCUAUCAAGAAGGAGAGAAGGAUGCUACAAGAACUGGAGAUGGAGAAGAAAGAGACGGAGGGAAAAGUGAAAAGUCUGCAUGCACAGUCCAGACAUUUGAAUUCAGGACUUGACCGAGAGAUGACCAACGGUUACCAUGACAACCCCUCCACACCGCACCAUGCCCGCUCCAGGAGGAAGGUAGACGUUCCUGACACACCCGAUGUGGAUGUAUUAGACCUGAAUGAGCUUGACCCUCUCACGCCCUCCCCUACCAAACAUGUUCGUCAGAUGGUACAUCCCAGAGACCUGCCAAAGUCACCCGCUGCAGAACGUGAUGCUCCAUUCUCAAGAGAGCUUAAUGAUGAGGAUGACUAUGAUAAGGUGCUUGGAGGGAGGAGACACACUACUCACCGGUCAAGAGGAAAGAGAGCUACCUAUGAUGAUGAGGAUGAUCAGAAGUAUAAUCCGCCGCUCCCUUCGAGACAUAGAGGGCGCCAGGCAUGGCAGUAUCUGGAUUCUGACGCAUCAGAGGAGUUUGAUGAAACGACAGCCAGGCAUCAGAUGGUCAAAAGUGAUCUUCGUCUACGCCUAACGGAAGAGAAUGGUGCCAUUCGACGGGCGAAAGAUUUCUUGAAGCGUCAGAAGAGACAGCUUAACCAGCAGAAGUCUGCUUUGGAGGAUGCUAAAACGGAAUGGAGGAGGGACCUGAGACAUGGAUACGAGGAGAAUGGAGAUCCUGGGAAGGGAUCGACAAUGAUCUAUGAGGAUGUGAGGCUUGGAUUAGAGAGGGAAGCACUGGAGAUUGACAAAGCCCUGGUGAAUUAUACAACAGGAAGUCGUCUUGUGAGAGAGAAGGAACAUAAGCUGAAGAAACUAGAAGAGUCUCUGAAUGAUAAGGAUAUGUACCGGGGUAGAGACCUAGGUCAGCAUUCGGAGGCAAACCAAGACACCAUGUUUCUUCUGAGUGAUUCCUCAGGGAGCAGUGCUAGGACCAAUACUAGCAUCAGUGGUGAUGAGUCUUAUAAACCAGAUACCGGAGGUCACAAGUCUAAGAAGAAAGUGAAAGGGAUGAAGCAAGAUGAAUCAUCUAAAAUCUUCUUAUCUCUCAACAAUCUAAACACUCAGUUACAGAAUGUUAUGACUGUGCUCAAUCAGCGUGAGCAACUCUCAGAUGCACCAGCUGGUCCCACACAAAGUUCUUACCCACUCUCCCCUCCUCGGGGAAUCCCCCUUCAGAACGGUACCCAUGUACCCUACUCCCACCCUCCUCAUGAAUAUGCAAACCCUCAUACAUUAUAUGCACCAGCCCCACAGUCAGCAUUACCUCGUACCUCAUAUUCAGUGCCUUCCACUGGCUCUAGACCCGCCCACUAUGGCCAGCCAAGCCCGUACCAUGGUCCUGCACAGGGCUAUGAAUAUUCAUCAGCUGGUAGGCGUGGCCUUGGAGGGGGUGGUGCUGAGAGGCCGUAUACAGCAGGAGGGGGUGUGUUUGAUCCAGUCAAUCCACGAUAUGGGGCGGAGUCUGCCGAACAAGCCAUGGGCAGAAAGUGGAGGAACUAUUUUGGAGAUGAGAGAAGAACAGGUGCUCCCGGAUUUCCUGUGACAGGCAAUGAAAAACCAAGCUUUGGAGGCUACGUCUCAGCUAGGGACCAACUGAAAAGUUUCAGGACGCAAGGACCAAUCACCUCCAGACCAGUUCCCACAUCGACAAACCAAAGUUCUGAAACCCACAACAGAAUGGUAGAACUCAAUGAAUGGUUGAAAAAACAUCGGAUGAGUGGGGCAUUGAACCUAGCUGACCUAGACCCAACCUUAUCAGGGAGCGAGAGUCGGCGGUCAGCAAACCAUACCAACUCAGGGACCAGCACCUUGCCCGGUCAGAAACCAGCUGCACAGACAAGGCUAGAGCUGGACUCUAAUAACCAGAUCAGAGUCAGAGAGGUCAGGUGAUUCAUAUACCACCUGAUAUUUCAUCUUGUGAUGGAUCAUGUGACCACGCCAUGCCAGGUCAGAGGCUAGAUCACACCAGACUAGAUUUCAGCAUUCAAAUGAGAGUCAGAGUGGUCAGGUGAUUCAUAUACCACCUGAUAUUUCAUCUUGUGAUGGAUCAUGUGACCACGCCAUGCCAGGUCAGAGGCUAGAUCACACCAGACUAGAUUUCAGCAUUCAAAUGAGAGUCAGAGAGGUCAGGUGAUUCAUAACCCACCUGAUGUCCAAGUCAUGUGAUAGAUCACAUGAUCAAGCCAACCAUUCCUGUGAUUUCAGUGCCAUUCUCUAAUAUAGACCAGCCUUCAGAUGAAACCAAAUUGUUUGAGCUACCUGUGCAUGUGCAUUUUUGUAUGCUGUUUGUUAUCCAAUAUUGCUAAUGGUGUGCUUUGAUUUAUUCAUAUAUACAUACAGACAUACUUCACAUAAAUCAUCAAUUACAUUAAAAUUACACAUGAAUGGAUUGUUGUAAGCUUGAUAGAGAUGCCAACAAUAACUAAAGAAAGUUAUACAUUGACAGUAUAUGAUAUCAGAGGAACUCCACUAUCAUAUUGGUCAAUGGAUUGCAUUAUAAAAUUAUUAAAAUUGUCUGUUUUAGAUGGGUCAGCUGUUAGAAAGUUUGUUGCUCAUGCACAAUUUAUAGGUGGAAAAUUCUUCAUGACAAAAUUAAUAUAACUAAUGAUGAAAGGUGAUCCCUUUGCCAAAGGAAAUUAGCAUCGUACACGCGGCAUGAUGGUAUUCAUGAUGAAAAUCAUUCUCAUGAAGUUAUAUACUGGGAAACCUGUAUAUAAACACCACUCAAGGGAAACAUAAAAAUGUAGUCUAAACAGGUGGUCGCUUAGGCAGGUUUGACUGUAGAGUUACAAUUUUUGCAGGACCUGUGGUAGUCAUUUGCACAGUGCAUUGAUUUCUUGUUUACAUCCAUUAACCCUGUAUGGCCUGGGGGAAGGCUUCAGAAUCCCCCCCCCCCCCCCCCCUCUACAUUUUCCACAAUAAUUUUUUUUAACUCAAAAGAAUCUUGCUCUGAAAUUUGUUGACUUUUUUUCUUUCAAGUCUUGCGCAUCUUUUGAUACAAAUUUUUGCGAAAAAUCGGACCUACCAUUACAAAGUCACAUGACUUUUUGUCAUUGCAUGUCAGCCCGAAAAUCGCUCAUUUUCGUGAUUGUGUACAAAACAUAUGGAAAUAUAAUUUUUCCAACAAAAAUUGGUCUUUGUUUAUAGUCUAA